AUGCAGGAGCUCGCGCACCACUGGCGCCGCACGGCCGCGCCGUCGACGCCGCCGCCGGCCCUGAAGGUCACGGCAUUGGUGUCGCCGGGGUCGAGGCACCCGCUGGAGCUCCACCUCACGCAGGAGAGCCUGGCGCGCUUCGCCGCCGAGCUGGGCAUCCCGUUCGAGUUCGCCGCCGUCGCCUUCGACCCCUUCAGCCCCUCGCCGCCGCCGGGCCUGUCCGCGGCGCCCGACGAGGCCGUCGCCGUGCACAUCACGGUCGGCACGGAAACCUCCGGGCCGACACCGGCGUCCCUCCGCGUCGUGAAGCAGCUCCGGCCCGCCAUCGUGGUGUGCGUGGACCACGGCUGCGACCGCGCGGACCUGCCGCUCCCGAGCCACGCGCUGAACGUGCUCCGCUCCUGCGCCGCGCUCGUCGAGUCGCUCGACACGCCCGGCGCGUCGCUGGACGUGGCGGCCAAGGUGGAGCAGUUCAUCCUGCGGCCGAGGGCGGAGCGCCUGGUCACCGGCGGCGAGAAGCUGCCCCCGUGGCGGUCCACGUUCGCGUCGGCCGGGCUCACGCCGCUGCAGCUCAGCAAUGCCGCGGAGGCGCAGGCCGAGUGCCUGCUCCGGCGCACGGCCAACCAUGGCUUCCACGUCGAGAAGCAGCAGGCGGCGCUGGCGCUCUGGUGGCAGCGGUCGGAGCUGGUGUCGGUGUCGGCAUGGCGGUGCUGA